GAAGUUCCUGAAGCCGGAAAGAGGUUCAUUCCAUCGCUUUUGCUCUCCGGUUCUGCUGAUUUUUUUUCUCUCUCUUGGGUACCUUCGGCUUGCUUCCUUUUCCGCCCAACAUGGAUCCCGUUGGUGUCGCUGCUGUCAUCCCUGCUGCUGAGGCGACUCCCAGUCCAGCCUGGCCUCAAACAAAGUGCCCAUGGGGAACUCCUGAAAACACUACAAUAUCAUGUUCUCUUGCUGAUGUCAUGAGUGAACAGCUAGCUAAAGAGCUACAGUUGAAAGAAGAAAGUGCUGCUUUUCCAAAAGUUGUAUCGAUUAUUGAUAGACCCUUCAUUAGUGGAGAGAAUGUUGAUACUUCCAGUGACCUAAUGCUGGCACAAAUGCUGCAAAUGGAAUUUGAUAGAGAAUAUGAUGCCCAACUUCUGCGUGAAGAAAAAAAGUUCAACGGCGAUAGCAAAGUGUCCAUAUCUUUUGAGAAUUACCGAAAAGUGCAUCCUUUUGAAGACAGUGACAGUUCAGAAGAUGAGGUUGAUUGGCAGGAUACUCGUCAUGAUCCCUAUAAAGCAGAUAAACCUACAACUACUCCAAAAAAGGGCUUUAUAGGAAAAGGAAAAGAUAUAACCACCAAGCAUGAUGAAGUUGUAUGUGGACGAAAGAACACAGCUCGGAUGGAAAAUUUUGGACCAGAAUUUCAAGUUGGUGAUGGAAUUGGUAUGGAUUUAAAAUUAUCCAAUCAUGUCUUCAAUGCCUUAAAGCAGCAUGCAUACUCUGAGGAACGCCGGAGUGCCAGGCUCCAUGAGAAGAAGGAACAUUCUACUGCUGAAAAAGCUGUAGAUCCUAAAACCCGUCUGCUUCUGUACAAGAUGGUCAAUUCUGGAAUGCUUGAUACGAUCACUGGAUGCAUAAGUACAGGAAAAGAGUCUGUGGUGUUCCAUGCCUAUGGAGGAAGUUUGGAUGAAGAAAUCAAAUCAGUUCCUUCAGAAUGUGCUAUAAAAGUGUUUAAAACUACUCUUAAUGAAUUUAAGAAUCGUGACAAAUAUAUCAAGGAUGACUAUAGAUUUAGAGAACGUUUCAGUAAACUGAAUCCAAGAAAAAUUAUCCGCAUGUGGGCUGAAAAAGAAAUGCACAACUUAACAAGAAUGCAGAAGGCAGGCAUUCGUUGUCCACAAGUCGUUAGCCUAAAAAAGCAUGUCCUAGUCAUGUCUUUCAUUGGUCAGGAUCAAGUCCCAGCUCCUAAACUAAAAGAAGUAAAACUCAAUAGUGAAGAUAUGAAAAAUGCCUACUAUCAAGUUCUUCAUAUGAUGCAACAGUUAUAUAAGGAGUGUAAUUUAGUACAUGCUGACCUGAGUGAGUACAAUAUGCUGUGGCAUGGAGGGCAGGUCUGGUUAAUUGAUGUCAGUCAGUCUGUGAAUCCAACACAUCCUCAUGGACUUCAAUUCCUGUUCAGAGAUUCUAGGAAUGUUUCGCAAUUCUUUCAGAAAAGUGGUGUACCUGAUGUACUCAAUGAGCGAGAACUCUUCAAUGCUGUUUCAGAUUUAAACAUUGCAGCUGAAAACGAGGUGGAUUUUUUAGCUCAGAUUGAAGCUUUGGAGAAGAUUAAUGAAGAUCAUGUAGAAAAUCACGGGAAAAAAACUUUUUUAUUUACACAUGGUGAUGAGGACCCACCAACACUUGAUAAAGAAUAGCACUUUGCAUUGAUCUGAAAUAUCUUUUUGGUAUCUAAAUUUUAGAGCAGUGAUUAAAAGUCAACUGCCAAAGGCAAUGGGGUAUGCUCAGAUGCUGUAAAUGAAACAUUCAGGGAAUAUACAAUGGUGCUUUGAUGUAUUUUAGAAAAGUCCACAAUUAGACCAUUGGAACUUAAUUGCAUACCUUUGUAACAAUGAAAAUAAUUUCAUUUUCUGUUAAAUCAGAUUUUCAGUGGCGAAGUAUGUGUGAUAUAAGUAAGAUUUCAAAACAAUGUAAUGCUUUCAGAUUAAAACACCAAAGUAUUACACAUAUGAAGGUAAGAGAGAUAGAUGAUCUUUCCUUGUCUCCAUUGCUUCUUGUUCUUAAAUAUUGAUAUAUAUUUGAGAUUCUGAAAAUACGUUUCAUGUUUUAGAAUUGCCUGACAUUACAUUAUUAUCCAAAGUUGAUUAUUUUUACAAGGAAGUGGCAUGGAAAAAUUCUUAAUAUUUAACAAAUGAAACCUAUAUUAAACACUAAAAACAGUUUAAAGCUUUUCUAUAAUUUUUAUACACAGUAUAAAAAAAUUGGCCUGCAAUUUGACUUUAAAUUUUAGCUAUAAUACAGUUCUUCACAAAGGUGUUAUUAGAUAAUCAGUAACCAAUAUUUAAUCUUUUAUUACUUAAAAUAGUGCUUAAAUGGAAGAUUUUAAAUAAAUCUGAAUUAUGUGAAAUGAAUGAAAAAUACACAACUGAAUUGUCUCUUAUAUACACUUGAGGUGAUUGUAGAUUUUCAGUAUUUUCAAAGGAUUCAGAGAAUAUCCUCAUUUAAAAAAAAAGUUCAUUUAACAUAGUGUCAUGUGUAAUAUAGUAUGACAUAGUUUGUGCAAAAAUAAACCAGCAGAACCAAGUUUGUUUUAUCAUAUUUCUCAGAAUGCUGCCUACUUUGUAUUUAUAUGCACAGAGACUGAGAGAAUGAAAUUUGGAUUCAUUUGUCCUAAAAAUUGUCCCUAUGGGCUUUAUGUAUAAGUGACAGAAUUCCCACAACCUGCAUUUGUGUUUUUUAGAGAAAUAAUUUCUAUCUUGCAGUGUAAUUACACUUAACUAGAUGAGAAUUAUUUUAGAAGGCCAGUAUAAAGUGAGAUAAUUCACUGAUACAGGUUUCUUUUUUAAAUGUGUCAUCCAUUAUGUUACAACAAGGUAUAGAUGAUGUAUAAUAUUCAUAUACUCUGUGAAAAGCCUUGUUCCUUGCAAAAUGGGAAUAAAAAUAAAAGACAUCAGAUCUUGUUCCUGAAU